CCCGACCCAUUUCAUACUCGUUCUCCUCCUUAUUUUGCAUUGAUUGAUUCCUCUCCUAACCGAGAAAGAAGAUGAGUGGGAUAGAACCAGACAUGGAAGAUCUGUUCCAGGAGAAGAAGCGUGUCAGGAAUCCUCUCGUUCCUCUCGGUGCACUUGCGACUGCGGGAGUGCUGACGGCUGGGCUGAUUAGUUUCAGAAGAGGAAAUUCUCAGUUGGGUCAGGUUUUGAUGAGAGCUAGAGUGGUCGUCCAAGGUGCCACUGUCGCGUUGAUGGUUGGAACCGCUUACUACUACGGUGAUAAUCCCUGGAAGAAAUGAGCUGCUGCUACUUGUGAUAUGACACUCCGGGAAGAAGAGGUAUGUGCUUCUCUUUUUGAGCGUCAGAGAAGUCUUCCGUCUUGUUAGGAUUUACAACUUGCAAGGGUUACACAUCAAAUGAGUUUGAAUAAUUCUGAACUAAGAAAGUUGUUUUGUUUCUUGAUCAAUUUGAUUAUAUUGAUUCUGAGGGAAUUUUCAGAAACCCAUCUUUACUCUUA